CACUGCUGGAGAACAGUAGCUUGGACAUCAUGAAAGUCUUCCUAGCGUUUGCAUGCUUACUUGCAGGCUGCCUGGCCCAGAGACCUCAACCAUGCAAAAGUCCUCCUCUGCUGACCGGGGGACUCAGCAUUGUCUCACAGAAUGAAGAGCUGUUCGCCGUAGCCAGAUAUCUUUACGAUGCUAUCGGAGAGCGGAUACGACUCUUUGAGGUCGUCAGUUUGGACAAUCAGACUUCCUUCUAUGACAUUCUCCUGCUCUACAGAGAGCAUGUCAUGUACCAGAUCGACGACAAAGACCGCACAUGCCAGAAACUUCCUCUGAAGGACGACUUCAUGCCUCUGGCCAUCCCAGGCGAUGCGACUUUCGUUCACCAGGUUGUCCUGGGUGACUCAUCCAGACCUGCAGAAGGACUCCUGAUGAACACCUGGACGGGGAAACUGCCCGACCAAGGAGGAACAUUCCUGGCCUCAGUGACUGACUUUGGCUGCAUUCCUAUCAGCUUUGAAUAUCAGGUCAAACCAUAUGGAUGGCUGCAGACUACAUAUUUCAACAACGUCAUCGGGAUUACAGACCCUGAACUGCUCAUCCCUCCAUCCUUCUGUGAGGACGCAGAGAUGCCAGCUGAUGCAGAGCCGGUUGACUUGUUGAGCUUGCUCAAACAGAAGAACUGAGGGCCUCAAACUUUGAUUUGCCAUUAACUAGACAACCUUAUUUCUGCUGCAAACAUGCAGUCAAAUCAUGUUUUGCUGACUGUUCCUGAUAACAUAUGAUACAUUUUAGGUUAAACAUUUCUUACUUUUGCUUCCAAAAGAUGGCCCGAGGUUGAAUCUGGGUGUGUCAAUGUUUACAAGAUUAAAGACUGAAAAACUGCAAGAUAUGAAUGUUUUUAUUCAGUUCUGCUCAUCAUGACUGCACCUUCUUUACCUUUGCAUACGAGGCUUUUUCUCACAUUCCCGUGAUUUCUGUCAACAUGCAUGAAAGAAUAAAUGCAAUUGAUCUGUGA